AUGGACAAAGAGCAGCAGUCAGAGAAUUCGAGAUCACCCCUGAAGAAAACAAAACUAGUUAAAAUCGAGAAAAAGAAACGUAUUGGGUCUCCCUUGCCUCAGCAAGCUGAAAAGAAAAGAAAAUCAUCUUCCCCUAGAGUUGCUGAAGAGGAGAUGUUCAAAUGUGAAUGCCGCUACUGCCAAGCUUGUAUGGGGACCACGUCCGGAGUCUCUGUGGGGACCAGGACAGAAGCAACCUCUCAUUCACCCUUCUCAGAAAAACUGAUACAAGACUUCCAUAACCUGACACUCAACCCUCGUUCCACCCAGCCCCCUGUUCUGCCAGAAGCAAUGCAGACAAGUGAAAACAAAUUGAAUUUUCAGCGGAAAAACAAAAAGGGGUUUCAAAAGGUUCUCCCCAAAUGGACAGAAUAACUUUGGCAUUGUCAUCCUCAUGUGAAGAAGAUCAGAACCUACACUAUCGUGCGUUUCAACAUCACCAAUCCCUAGGGUGAUAUGGUUUUGGUUGCAUGGUCAGUAGGAGUAUCAGCAUCCAGCCUGGUGACAAUAAUACUUUCAGAUGACAAGUUUCAAGUCUAUCCCACAAAUAUAGCUGCCUUUUUCUUAGUAGUUUUGACAUCCUCCCUGGGGCAUUCUGGGAAGAGAUACUCUUUGGCAAGGGCCACCACACAGCAGUAGUUCUAUACUCCCAAUGAUGCUGUUUCCAAAACUUGAACAGGUUUUGAC